AUGGCAAUGGCGAAUAAUAAAACACAAUGUUUUAAAUGUGGUAAAAAUAAAAUAACAUAUUCUUGUGAAGGAUGUUUAAAGCAUUUUUGUUUACUGGAUUUAAUAGAACAUCGUAAAAUAUUAAAUGAUGAACUAAAUCAUAUUAUUAAUAAUUAUGAUCAAUUUAAACAAACAAUUAAUGAACAAAAGCAAAAUCCACAUAAUCAUUCAUUAAUAAGACAAAUUGAUCGAUGGGAAACAAAUUCAAUUGAAAAGAUUCAACAAAAAGCACAAGAGUACAGAGAAAUUGUCAUUAAAUCUUUGCAAACAUUUAUUAAUGAUAUUGAAAAUAAAUUCAAUGAUUUAAAUGAGCAAAUAAAACAAUUUCAUAUAGAAAAUGAAUUUAAUGAAAUUAAUUUAAACUAUUUAAGAAAUCAAUUAAUAGAAAUUAAAAAAGAACGAAACAACUCAUUAAAUAUUUCUAUUCCACAAGAUUCAUCACAGUUUAUCACUGAUAUUUCAAGUUUUUUAUCAAAAAGUAAGAUUUUGGGAAAUAAUUUCUAGAAGAAUAAUUCUCAUUUUUUAUGAAUUUAUGUUAAGAAACUAUAAAAAUAAUUGAAAAUACUAUUGAUUUAUUUACUAAUUAAAUCAAUAAUAAUACUA